CUCCUUUUUUGUGUUUAGUUACUUAACUAUGGAGAUAACAAGACAGCAGUUUUCACAAAAGCUAUCUACAGUAGAAAAAGCAAUUAAAGAAUGUGAUUUUAUGGCUAUUGAUACAGAGCUGUCUGGUCUUCAUCGACCUUUGACUUCGAUCCGUUUGUACAAUAUGAAGGAUCGUUACCAAGAAUACAAAGAAGCUACCGAGCGAUUUUUGAUUAUUCAGUUUGGUCUAUGUACUUUUACUUGGGACGAGCCUUCAGGUCGAUAUAUUGCAAAGCCUUUCAAUUUCUAUAUUUUUCCUACUAGCAUUACCGGCCAUAUACAGACCAAUAGAAUAUUCAUGACUCAAGCACAAGCAUUUGAUUUUCUAACAAAACAAUCAUUUGAUUUCAAUAAAUGGGUGUAUCAAGGUAUUCCUUAUAUGACAAGAAUAGAGGAAGAAGAAUAUGUGUCUGCCGCCACUAAAAAGCUACAAGAUGAUAUGCCUGAUAUCCCAAUUGACAACAAGGAAUUGGAUUUUGUAAACAACGCAAGAGAAAUGAUUCAAAACUUUAUUUCGAAAGAUAAAGAAGGGUCUGAUGGUAUAAACAUUAUUACAAAAAAUGCAUAUCAAAAACGGUUGAUCUAUCAAGAAGCAAGAAAAUUUCAAGGAAUUACAGCCAUUGGCAUGCAAGGGUUUAUUCGCAUAGCCAAACUUUCAAAGGAGCAAUUAGAGAGUCACAAUAAAGAAAAGCAAGAGAAAUUCAACAAAGAUUGCGAAGUUGCUAUUGGGUUUAGAAGAGUCAUUGAUAUGAUCUCUGAAUCUGGCAAGAUUAUUGUAGGACACAAUAUGCUACUUGACAUUUGUCAUAUGAUUGGUCAGUUCGUUCAGCCUUUACCAGAUACUUUAGACGAAUUUAAGUCCUUGGCACAUCGUGUGUUUCCAAAAAUGAUUGAUACCAAAUACAUGUCUAUUUCUGAGCCAGAGCUUUCAGUUAUCUUUGGAUCUGGUACGGCUUUAGAAACAUUGCGAUUUGAGACAAAAAAAGAAGCUUUUAACAAUCCUCACAUUGAUAUGCAUUCCGCAUUCCCUCGCUACCUUACUGAGAUGGCGCACGAAGCUGGUUAUGAUGCUUUUAUGACAGGUGCUGUCUUUUUGAGGAUGGUCGGUUAUCUCGACAAGAAAAGAAAUCCCGAAAAAUAUGCACAGAUUGAACAAGAAAGAAAAGCAUUAGAAGAAGAGAAGGAAAAAGAGAAGGAAAAAAAAAGACAGCCCAAGAUAGAUGCCGAUGGUUGGGAAAUUAGUGAAGAAGAAAAUGAUGAAAACUCUGGUUGGGAUGAUGAUGAAGAAAUCUAUAAUUAUGGUUCAAUUAGAUUAGAUCUUGAAAACAAACAAGAAAAAAUGGACCAUGUAUUUUCGACAAUCAUGAACAAAGCUGCCUUGGUUAGAACUGCUUUCAACUGCUUUGAUUUCCUUUCUCAGCCUGACUUUUCUGACCAAUUUCAAGUUUUCCAUGUCUCACAUAUGUCUGAUGCUGUAUUUUCAGAGCAAAUAGCAUCUUUGCUUCUUUCAAAGUAUGGUAAGCAUAUUGUAGAACCCAAUGACGAUCAAUCUUCAUUUGUAAUUUUUGAGAAUCUUCGAGAAGACCCUGAUAACUUGGUAAUUGAUGAUGAUAAAUUUGUUAUCACACCAAUGACUAAAUACUUGGGAAAAAAGUUGUAAUAAAAUGAAAGUGACUU